GCCUUAAUCAAAAUGACUUUGUUAUUGUCAGUUUAAAUGUUUUGAUUACUGAGACCAUUGAACUUUAUAAUUAGUAGCCAAUUCAUUAAACAUUGCUAGUCAUAACAUUAAAAUACUUAGUUCAAAUGUCGGCGUUAUACAGCUUUUAAUUCCCCUCCCCUAUUAAACCUUGACAGUCUUCAUAAAGAUAUCAGUCGUUGACCUGGACUGACACUUGCAGUUUUAUUCUUAUAUUUUCUUCAAGUCCUUCUAACUUAUAUUUGAUGAAACUAUCUCACUAAGUCAACUCAGCCAGUAUAUUUGCUAGACAUACAUUGUAGACUAGGGUCAUGUGAUUUUCACAAGAGCUUAAUAGAUGAAGGUCGAAUAUUUCAUUUGUCAAGAUAAUAGUUAUUUUUGAGCUUUAAUUGGUUCGUUGCUGAUCUUCCGAUUGUUAUGUUUGGAUUCUGUUUCUUUACAAGGAGCCGUAUAAGUCUUUAAAAUGGUGAAGAUAAACUACAAACUUUUUCCUGUGAAAGCCCAUUACUUUUUUUUCUUAGGAGCAUUAGGUCCUAUCCAGCCUUUUCUUCCAAUUUUCGGAAAGCAUCUUGGUGUGUCAGAAGUUGUAAUUGGAACGAUAAAUGCAUCUAUUCCAGUUUUGUUUUUUGCUUUGAAACCUAUUUUUGGGUUCGUUUUGGACUAUUUUCAAGAGAAAAGGAAAGUAGUUUACAUGUCUUUACUGAGUUUGAUGACAGUGAGUUUUGCUUUAAUGAUAUUUAUACCAGAAAGUAAAGAUAUCGUACAUACGGAUGUUAAUUGUACAGAUAUAAACAUUUGCGAAAAAUCGGUUUAUCAACUAUGGAAUGCUCAGCUGGUGUGUGGCAAUGUUACUCAUGAAAUCUUCAGCGAUGACGAUACACUCUGUGUUAGUAAUAGACCCUCUUUAAACUGUAGCAACAAUGAACCUUGUAUCGCAACCUAUGCUAAGAUGAAAUCAGGGUUUUACACUGGAAUGACUUUUUGGUCUUUUGUCAUUACGAUUUCUAUUGGAUCAGUUUUUUGCAACAUUUGUAACUCUUUGGCAGAUGCCAUUUGCUUUGAAGUUUUGGGAGAAGGGAAUGAAAUGAAAUAUGGCCAACAGAGAGUGUGGGGUACUAUUGGCUUCGGACUGCUUUGCCUUAUCGGUGGAUUCUUUAUGAACAAUGUUGACAAUACCGUAUUAUACUCUAUUAAAGACUUCUACCCAGCCAUGUAUCUUUGUUGUUUUUUCAUGGUUAUCGAUUUGUUUUUUUGCUACAAACUGAAACUACCUCCAAUGGUAAAAUCUGAAAAUAUUGUCUUAGAUGUAUGGAAUCUAGUCAAACAGCCGCACAUUGCAACGUUUUUAGGUUUUGCUGUAUUAGCUGGUAUGGGAGACUCAGCUAUAAUAUUCUAUUUACUAUGGUACCUUGAAGAUCUUGCUAAGGAAAUGGGACAAUUAGAAAAUAUGAAACUUCUCCAAGGUCUGACUGUCGCUGCUGAAACACUCAUAGGAGAAGUUGUUUCAUUUUAUUUGUCCGGUAAAAUACUCAGAAAGCUUGGCUAUGGUCAUUGUUUGAGUCUUUGCUUUGUUUUCUACGCUAUAAGAUUUGCUUUGAUCGCCAUGAUACCGUCUCCUUGGUGGAUUUUACCAAUCGAGUUGUUGAUGCAAGGACCAACUUAUGCUCUCUGUUACACAACAAUUGUUGCAUAUGCUAGUGCAAUAUCUCCGCCAGGAACAACAGCGACAGUUCAAGGAAUUGCUGCCGGGAUGGAUGAUGCAUUUGGUUUCGUGGUUGGUAAUUUAUUGUGGAGUGCUCUGUACAAGUGGUACGGAGGAAAAGUGGUGUUUAUGUCUGCAGCAGGACUUGCAUUGGCCUCUAGUAUAGUUCAUUGUUGCUUAUACACAACAUUUUUUAGAAAUACAGUACAAAUCAAAAAAAAAGAUAAGACGAAGGUCUAUGAACCUGCCAAUACAGAGGAAAUCAUAGAAUCUGGUGAGAAAAUAACGACUGAGCUGAAAUAAUGUAAACAAGUAUAUUAAAUUUAUUAAGUGCUUUUAUAAAAAUAAAAUUGAGUUCUGAUCAAAAGAACAUCCUGUCGAAGAAUCAACGGCAAAAGCUGUUACUUCCGUACCACCAAACACCAGGCUAACUACGAUCUCUCUCAACGUUGUAGUAUCAUUUUUCUCUGACAGAUUUAGUCUGAGCAAUCCACAUUUAUAGACAUUAUUGUCUGUGAUAAACUGUAACAUAAGACUUUAUUAUAACUCUUUAAUUAUUUAGUCAUAAAAUGUAAUGCUAUUCAUAAAAUAUUUGAGACUAUUACGUCUAUAUAGAAAGAGGUUGUAAUAUGGAAUCUUACCUCUUUGAUAAUUACUAGUUUUAUAAAUAUAUAAGAAUUAACAAAUCAUACGCUAUAAAUUUCAAAUUCGCUCUAUUUCCAAUCAUCUUAUGAGCAAAAUUAAUUUUUUCUUUUAAAAGUCAAUAUGAAACCUCUUAAUUUUAUUUAUUUUUUCACAUAGAUGAUCAAAAUAGAACAAUGGUUAUAAUUCAAAAAUUAAUUUUAUUAGUUCUUCACAUAUUAUUUGAUGUUUCAAAUUAUUUAGGAAAAAAUUAUGUGGAGAAAAUAUGAGAUAGAACGAUAAAAAAAUGAAAAAUUCUGUUUUGCUCCUAACUCCUCUUUCACCCGUGAUACUUUUUGAUCUCAUUGAAAUAGUUUUAUCCACAGUAUCAUUCCUUAUUGUACCUCACAAUUUUCGUACCUCUGGAGUAAUUCUUGAAGCUGUUUUUAUACGAGGAGGCAGUAGAAGCCGGUCAAAUAUUACCUACUAGCAUACCAUCUUGAUUUGAAGAAACAAUUCUUGAAUUAAAAUCUAUAGCGGAUAUAUUUUUGAAUCAAUGUAUACUGCAAUCAUCUGUGAUGUUUUUUGUGAUAUAGAACGAAAAUAACAUUUGAACUUCUCAAGGUUUUUGAAGAAUCAUAAAAGAACUUUUUGACUGAACCACAAUCUUUCUCUCUACCUACAGUUUUUGUUAACUCAUGCUCACUUAAAUAUUAAGAAGUUCUAUAAUAUGCACAGGAUUCCAUAUUACAGCCACUUUCUUUUAGUACAUAAUGAACAUCAUGAAAAAAAUAUUUUAAUUUGAAUGAAAUGAUGAAGACGAAUAAUUGGUAAAUCAAAAACAAAAUUCUAUUUAUAGCAUUAAAGUUAUUUUAAGAAAAAUAAUAGAACAAAUAAUUGUUUAUCCUAUAUUUAUCAAAUCGAAUAUUUACUUCUUUCUAUACAACUUAAAUCUCGUAUCAUAUAAUUCUUAUUAACUAAGGCUGGAGUCCCUAACAUUUUUCUUGUUAAGUACAAAUUUAUAAAUUAAUAUUCAAGCAGUAGGCACCAAUUUGUGUUUUUUUUUUCUGCCAGUAAUUAAUUAUUUAAACUAUAUCUUUCCUUACUGCCUCGAAAAUAAGCUAUUUUUAGUCAUGUUUUAACGUCUUAUAUUAAGGUGCUGAAAGAAAUCAAAUCAAGUUAGAUAUAGUAGAGAGGUAUUAAUUUUAAGGGUAGCUUGGUUUGAUUAUCUAUUGGCAUCUUAAGAAGGUUGUAUAAAAAUGACAUUAAAUUUAAAAAAAAUUCAUUUCUAAAAAUUUCAUCCUUUUUUAGUUGUAUUCAUUUUAGGCCUAAAAUGAUUCGGAAGGUGUUGUCUCGUCUACAGUCGUAGUUAACUCUACUAAAUAAAUUAUUAUAUGUCUGAACUAUAAUUAUAUCUUUUAUCAUAAUAAUGUCUUUAGUAGUAACUCGUUAUUUAAACUAUAUCUUUCCUAACAGGCUCGAUAAUUGCCUGUUUUUUUAGUCAUUUUUCAACAUCUUGUUUUAAGUGCUGAAGGAAAUCAAACCAAGUUAGAUAAAGCAGAGAGGUAUUAAUUUUAAGGAUAGCUUGGUUUGGUUUUCUAUUGGGAUCUUAAUAUGUGAUAAAAAUGGUAAUAGCUUUAAAAAAAAUUUCAUGUCUAAAAAUUCAAUCCUUUCUAGUUAUAUUUGUUUUAGGCCUGAUAUGAUUCGGAAGGUCUUGUCUCGUCUAUAGUUAUACAUUUUUUUAUUAAGAACUUUUCCACUUCUAUGGUUAUCCUUGACCUAAAUAUAAUUUAAGAUAUUCUUCGGUCCUUCUGUAUCUAUGACUUGAUCUUCUCUGACGCCAUGUUCCGCCAGGCUUUCUUCCACUGCCUUUUUCUAUUUUACCUUUGGUCUUUCAUUUUUCCUUCUCCUUUCUACUUUCAUUUUCAUACAUACUCGAUAAUUUUCCGUAAAUGCAAUAAUCAGUUGCCAUGGAAAUGACUACAAUAGGUUAGGUUAGACAGGAACAGGGUUGGGGACUCCUCAACUAGGCCAUUUAGAUAUUAAUUUUAUCAACUCAUCACAUGUUCUGUUAAGCUUAGGUUUGGGUUCCAUGAUGGCGUAUCUGACUAACCAUAAAGAUCACAAUUUAUUUAUUUAUUUUUUCUCACUGUCGAUUUAUUUAUUUUAUUCAUAACAAAGAUUAUUUUUGUUAAAUUACUUCAAAGUAAAUAUUAUACUAGUCAAUAAUUAUUGGAUGCCAUAAUUUAUUUUUUUAAAUUUUAAUUGUGUUGAAAAAAUAUAUUCAUAGUUUUAUUUUACCAACUUUGGUUUGGUCAUUAUAUCUGGUCUUCUAGCUUUAUAAUUAUUUUUCCAAUAUUUGUAUAUAUGAAGAUCUUAUAUAUUUAAAUUUUAAAUAGCUGUUAUGAUUUCUAAUUACACAAAUAUGAUUGUACAGUAAUAAUUUAUAAUUUAUCAAUAUAAAAGUAUGUUAUGAAGAUAUAACUAUUUAAUUUAUCUUUGGGAUUAUAACAUUCUCAGUACUAAGAUCUCAUUAUGUGUCAUAAUUAAUAUUUUUGUCAUUACGCCGUUCUAUCUAAAACAUUUCAAGUGUUAUUCAAGUAUUUUUAAUACGUUUUCAGAGAGAUAAAUACUGUAGAGAGUGGUUUAGCUCAGUGAGUAAGGCACUGUACAUCAAUGCUCAAUGCCCCAGGAUGUACUAUGGCUUUGGCAGGUGUAUAUUCUGUUACUUCAGCCAUGGGUUGAUUCUGGGAUCAGGAGACCCUCCUGAACACACCUAGCCUUAAUUAAAUAAUCAAUUAAAGAGGUAAAAGUAGGAGUCGAGUGUGAUUUCGACCCAAUAACCUUGCCAAGGAACAGUUUUCCUUAUACUGAAUCUUAGGCCCUUCAUGGGUUGUAGGGGUACAGUUUUUUCUUUUAUAAAUACUGUGUAUUUAAUUAUCUUAUAAUUAAAUACCAUAUAGUAGGAGGUAAAUUAAGACUUGUUUGCUAUUGGUUAAUGCUAUCAGCUUAAUUCAUGCAUGGUCUUUUGCUCCAAGAAUAAUUUUUAAAUCAAAUUCUAUUUUUAUUUUUAAAAGAUCGUGUAGUUUAGAAUGAAGUAUUUUAAGAUAUAUAUUCUACUUUUAAUUCAAAUUAAUAAUAUUAUUCCUUAUUUUGUCUUUUUUUUUUUUUUAUUGCUGGGGUUUGGUAUUUCAAAGUAGAAGAAAAUUAGGAAUUGAUUUUAUUUUGUAUAAUACUAAUAGUGAUCCUCAAUAUUUUUAAGAAGAUACAAAUUUUGGUUUUCAAUGUUUAUUGUUUUCUUAAAUUUUGAAUAAUGAAACUUUGUAAAAUCAAACGAUAAAUUAAAAAUGAAAUUAUUGGACUACUAACUUUCGAUUAGUAGUUCGAUGACAAUUUGGGUUCAAGUCCAGCUGUGGCAGAUAAGUUAUUUAUUCUGGUCGAUCAGAUAUGCAUCAACUCUGGGGUUGGAAGACGUAUCCAGCCUCCAUAAAAUGGAUAUUUAGCUAUUAAUUGGGUUAGAGAAUAAAUAUGAAGGUUGAGUGUAAACGCCGGUCACAUGAUCUCUUUGUGAAACUAUUGAUAAAGAAAUAGAACUUCCUUACGAUGUACUGAAUCCAUGAUAAUGUAUGUUUAUUAAUUUUCCAUUUGGUCAAAAACUUACAUCAAAUUCUUAAAAAGUCCCUUAUUUUUUUCUUUUAAACUGUAAUUACAAUUUCUUUGAAUCUUUAAGUAUUCUUAAUUGGUAAAAUGGAAAAAAAGAAAAGUAAAUAUUUUUUUAACUCAAAAUAUAUUAGGAUUACAGUUUAAAUAUAUAAAAAUCAAAACUUUGGUACUAAAUAAAAACCAGUUUUAUUAUUACCGUGAACUGAAAUCUAAUCCCGUGUCAAAUCAAGAAUCUGUGUGGUAAACUUUGUUUGCCGAGACUAGUUAAGAUUAAACUUCUUUAUUGGAAGUAGGGGAAUCUUAAGUUUUUAGUUCUGUUAAAAUAAAUUAUCACAUUAUGUUUGAGAAAAUGUUUCUAUUUUCUUAUUGAGAAAAUUACUAUAGUUUCAAUAGAAAAAUGGUUUCUUUAAAUGAAACACUAACUUUGAACUUUUAUUAACAAAACAGUAUGUGAGAGUGUAUUUUUAAGUAUUUAUCUUCCUGAAAAAGUGUAUUUUUCUUGUGUAUUGUAAGUGUAUUUUUCUUCCUGAAACUAAGUCAAGCGAACAUACAUAUGCGUCAACUAAUUUCCUAGUUAAUAAAAUCCGAUCUUAAAUAAGAAAAAAAAUAUUAACUUUAUUAAUAUUCGAGGCACGUAUAAUGCUGGAGAAGUUUUAAUUUUAUUAAAAAUCAAGAUAUUAAUAACAUCUUUUAAUAAAUGAUAGAACAAGUUAUAUUGAAAAACAUUGCUGAAAUAGAAUAAAUCUCCUAAUUUUUUCUACUGCUAAUCUACUUAUCCUCUUUAUACAAAUUAGUUUAAAUUUUUUAUUCCUAAUUUAUUAUUAACUGUUAUUACAUAAUUAUUCUUAAGUGAAUGCAAAAUAUUAUGAAAUAAUUUUAAAAAUAAUAUAUUAUAAUCAAAUAUAAUUACCUGAGCAGAUUUGGACAAUGUAGCGUAAACCUGUAAUAUUAUUUCUCGUUGGUUUGUCGAGGCAGGGGUAAAUUUUUUAGAUAUGAUUUGUCCCACCGAUACUGCUUGUCCAGAUUCCACAAGUCUCUCAAGAACGUCAACACACCACUUAUGUCCUCCUCGUAUAACUAAUUUGUCUGUUACAGCAUAUUAUUUUAUUUUUAGUUAAUGAUAAUAAUAUAUAAUGAAUUUAUUUAAUACAGUAUUUGUAGAUGGCUAAUCAUAUAAUAAUUCCUAUUUUUAUUAUUUAAAAACACAGUAAAUGUUAUGCGUUUUUGUAUAAAUUCUGUAUGAAUUUUAUCAUGGCUCAAAUUUUUAUCAAUUUUCUUUUCUCAUUCAAGCACUCCAUUACUAUUUUGAUAAGAAAAAAAAUUUUAGAUAUCACAAAACCUAAAUAUCUUCAUUUUCUAAGUUAAGGUUCUAUUUCGUUGGUACUGCCCACCUCAGCGGCUGCUGGCAGUUGAGCACUGCUUUAGUGGAAUUAAAAGGAGCAUAUUUACAAGCAUUAAGGAGCAAACAUAGGACUGCUCAGCAGUCUUGGUAUGAUGUCAUAUCGACACUGCAUCUUUCUGACCGCUCCAGAAACUCUGAAGCUGUUAGCAGUCCGACCGUUCUAGGUUAUGUUAUCACAUCGGAGAAAAUUUUGAUGAUAUCAGUCAUGUUGCUACAUUAAUUUCUUUUUUAUCACCAUGUAAAACAAAAUUAAACAAAAAAUUGUUUAAAAUUUGAACAAAACUAUAGUAAAUCUUUUUUGUGGGAUUGAAUAACCAGAGUAUUUAAUUGAGGGAUUCUAAUAUACCUAAAUCAAAUCCAACUAACAUUAAAUAAAUAAAACAAUAAAAAAAUUUUAAUCUCAAGUAUAUCCUCAACUCCAAAUAUUGAAAAAUCAAUUUUAUUUUAAAUUAAAGUGUUGAUUUACUAAUUAUUUAAUUUUGAAACAUUAUCCAUUUUUAUGUUAUUACAAAUAUAUGAUAUUUAUAACUGAAAUGAUUGUACCUAUAAUAAGUAAUAAAUAUAAAAGCAUAGUUACAAUAUCUGUUCUUAAAAUGAUAUUUCAUCAUAUUCUUUCUAGCAUAUGGCUGAUAUUUUCUAUUUAAAAUAUUUACAAAAAAACAUCACUUUAUCAGAGGAGAGCAUUAAUAUGUAGAAUAUGGUUAAAACUAUAUAGUCGUGACAUAACCUAAGUUCAUUAUUUAACUUUAAAUAACGGGAAAAUGGUGUGAAUUAAUUAAAUAAGAUCGAAACACUAUCACUAUAUGUACUAUUGCCCUGCUGAUAAAAAUGAAAAUCAUUAAAUUUAAAGUUAAGUUUUCAUUUAAAUUCAUUUUCAACUAGGAUGCUUAAAAUGCUUAAAGCAAGAAGAGUUGGCCGCUACAGUAAGCAGUUUUAGCAAAAUACACAAGCACUAACUAUGCAGUAUGAGAUAGUGGAUGCCGUCUUGGGCAGUAUCAACGAAAUAAUACCUUAAAGUGCAAACAAAUAAUUUAUAAAACUUUUUUUUAAAUUUUAAACAUCUAUUUUUUUUUAUCUUAGUAAUUAAAAUUUUAGUAUUGGUAUUAAGUUAAAGUGUUCCUACCUAAUGGAUGGAGUCCAUUUAUGAAUGGUUUUACCACUCCUAAGCCGUAUGUAUGAGUCACUCUUCUUGAUGACACAAUCGUUGGGUUGAGACCGUACAACACUCCUCCUUUGAGAACACUUAAACUAACCGCCUGUGGUGUUAAAAUGUACUUUAUUAGAAUAAUUUAUUAUUACAAAUUUAUUCCAAGAUUAUAUAAUGAAUUAUAUUUUAUGACUUAUAAUUCCUUCAAUUAUUGCAUUGCUUAAUUGUUACCUGUGGUAUUAUAAUAUGUACUCUAUUACUGAAAUUCUCCCUUAUUGCUUCUUGUAAUAUCUGUGAUUCUGAAAAACCGCCAACUAAAAAUAGGUGACUUAUUGUAUCAUCUAGCCUUCUAGUGGACAAUACUGCUUCCACAUGCUGAAAAUUGUAAUAUAUUUUAGAGUUUAUGAUAUAUAUAUUCAAAGAUAUUUAUAUUUUUUUAUUUCAGAUGAUUAUUUUUUUAUAAGUAUUUAUAAACUUUAGAAUGCCAAUGUAUAAGAAUUGUACUGAUAUUUGUAUAGUAUAAUGUGUGUGUUUUGUUCAAUAAUUAAAUAUUUAUAUAUCGAUAUUAUUUAUUUCCAUUACCUCUAUAAUUUUGUUAAGAGUUGGUUGAAAAAGUUGAUACAUUAGAGAAGGAUGUAUUUUCAAUAUGCCUUCAUUCGACCAUGUGAGUUCUGGUCUGCCAUAUUCUUUGACUGCUGCUUCAACCUUAUGAGAAUAAAUUAUUAAAAUUAUUAAAUUCACAAUUAUUAUCUAACAUUAAUACAAACUGGCACAUACUUCUAUCCCUGAAACUUUCCUGAAAAAGUCAAUGAAAGCAAACGGUGGAAAUAUGUUGAGCGGUGUAGACCUGAAAGAAGUGGUACUCCUUUUUCUCGCUUCGAAGCUUAGCAUUAGUUCAUUAUAUGCCGCUGGCCUUUCUUGUUGAAAUCUUCGCAUGAAACUGGUUCCAAAAAUAGUGUCUAGGAGAUCAUUGAAUUCUUUAUCAACUCC